GAUCUCAGUGUUUGUUUCGCCGGUCGCAACAAGUGGCGCCGGAACAGGGACUUGAGACAACAAGGAGGAAAGCGAAAGCGGACCGCGCGGCGUCUAAUUCAGAGGAAGAUCCUGAGCUGUUCAGCUCUUUGGACACGAUCCAGAAUUUAUUGCAUGUGCCUUUCUGACACAGAAGCUGGUGGAUGCUGCUUUUGCCCAGUCCAUCGAAUGGCAACUUGCCUUGGCUAAUUUUACAGAAUUUUGCCGCCGACUCUGAAUUGAGCAUACAACUGGCAUUGCUUAUAAUUCCACAGGACAAGCUAUUGUUGAGCGAGCUCAUCUGACUCUAAAACAGAUGAGGAAGCGCCGCGCUGGGUCCCGCUUCGGCUCCUCAGAGAUAUUAGGGUUGCACCAAAAAAUGGCCAAAUUGACAGUGACGGAGCCCCCCCAGAAGCGACGACGGCGGAGUCAUAAGGCAGGUACACCCACCUGGGGACAGAUAAAGAACCUGGUGACGGAGGCCCCUGAUAUAGUGAUGGCCUCAGGUAGAGAGGUAACGGCCACACAUGUCUUCUUGGCACGCCUGUGCAUUCUCACUACAGCCGGGGAGUCUGCCCUCUAUUGGGCAUACAUGGUAGGUCCUCCUACAGUACAACCUGUAACAUGGAGAGACCCCACACCCAAAGUAUACACCAAUUUCACCUUUAUGGGAGGGAAAGAUGCAGGGUUUUUGCCCACUGUGUUGGCCUCUAUGAAUUGGACGGCACUCUCUGCAGGAGUACCCAUCUGCCUGCAAAGGGAGUGUACGCGGUACAAACUUGCUUAUGGGUGUUUGGGUACGAAACCAGUAGGGCGGUCUAUUACUUAUACAUUGUGGCAAAAUGGCAAGCGUCCUUCUGAAUGGGUACCCCGCUCCGUUGCUGCUUAUUGGCAAAAGAGAAAAUUAUUAGGAGAAUGGAUGUUUUUUGGACUGCGUGAUCCCCCUCAAAAUCUUCCUAUAUGUCCCUCAGUUGGUCAAGGCCUUACUGGGGACUCACCUUGGGGUAAAUGUGCCCAAUCCUCUUCUUUGAGGAUGACUCCUAAAGACAUAAACUAUACCAUUACAGAUUAUUCCUGAAAGGCCUGGCAUUCAUUCCUUCAAGAAACAUCUAUGGCUAUUUUGGAAGUGCAAAGGGAAACAAGGAGACCUUUAGUGGCUCCUUUAAGAGAUAUGGGUCCACCUCCUAACGAGGCACAGGAACACCACAAGAUCAUCCCACAAACCAUUUUGCAAUCCCCUGAAGGAAGAAUUCAUUUUGAUCUUUGGAAGUUAUAUGCUGGCUUUGAUAAAAUAUAUACUAAUGACAGCUUUAGUUUUCCAGAUUAUUAUCUUUCUCCAGUCCUGCAAUUGUGUACCUGUGUUCCUCCUCCCUACUAUUUGAUUGUUGGAGAUGGAGCCAUUACUCCAGUGAAAGAAGAUGGUCAUCAAUUAUACCGGCUGACCUGUCCUGCUUGUGUUUUGACCAAUUAUCUACCAGUAGAUGGGCCCUCUAGAAGUGAAAUGAAGGUUUAUCUGGUCUUACAACCUCCAUAUUGGAUGUUGCCAGUAAAUGUUACAGGACCUUGGUAUCCUAAUUAUGGGAUACAAUUGGCCUUAGAAAUCAGUAAAUGGCUGCGCAGGAACAGACGGUUUCUUGGACUCUUGAUUGCUGGACUCAUAGCAGCAGUGACUGUAAUUGCCUCUGCAACUGUAUCUGUAAUAUCCUUACAUGAAAGUGCCCAAACAGCAUCCCAUGUAAAUGAAUUGGCUCAUAAUGUAUCCAAGGUGUUUGCCACUCAAGAACGAAUAGACUGUAAAUUGGAAGCCCAAUUGGAGGCACUGCAAGAAACAUUGAUGUAUCUUGGUGAUCAGUUUGCUGUUUUGCGUACCAGACUUUCUUUAAUUUGUCAUGAUGCAUAUAAGCAUAUCUGUGUUACCCCUUUAGAGUAUACCAAUAUGACAUGGGGACAAGUGCGUCGUCAUUUACAAGGGGUUUGGCAUGACGCUAACACUAGCUUAGACCUCUUACACCUACAAGAAGAGAUAAAUGCUAUUGCAAGUAGCUCACUCAGUUUCCCUGACCCUGGAAGUCUCGCUGGAACCAUACUUCACCAACUUAAUGGGUUUAAUCCAUUUAAUAUUCUUCAGCAUUCCUUUUGGAUCUUUAUUGGAAUUGUUUCCGUAAUAUCUGUUAUAUUUGUCUUGCUGUGUUGUUUCUGGAGAUGGGGUCUCACUGCCUUUACCACAUACCAAACCAGGAUGUACAUGUUGCAAUUACAAACAAUAGGGGGAAAUGUGGGAGGCCGGACCCCGGUGCCAGGCUGAGACCGGGUCAAGCAAUGGCUCCCUGUUGACUCAGCAAACCCUGUGGUUCCCCCUCCCAUUCCCCCACUUGC